AUGGAUGGAUUGUUAAUCAACACGGAAGAUAUUUAUACAUUGACCCUAAAUGAAAUUCUUGCCAAUCAUGGUAAGGGUCCUCUGACUUGGGACGUUAAAGUGCAUUUGCAGGGUUUACCAGGGCCACAGGCUGCCGCAAGGGUCAUUGAGACUUAUGAUUUGCCAUUGACAGCAGAUGAAUAUGAAAAGCUGAACCUUGAGGUCCAAUCGAAGCGAUGGGGUGAUUGCGCUUUCCUGCCUGGGGCUCUUGAAUUGAUUAAGCAUUUGAAAUUGAAUGGUGUUCCGAUUGCUCUCUGUACUUCGUCAGGCAAGGUGAAGUUUGAGCAAAAGACCCAGCAUUUGAAAGAGGGCUUCAAGUUGUUCGAUGCGAUUAUUACUGGCGAUGAUGAGAGGAUUCCCAGCGGCAGGGGCAAGCCAUUUCCCGAUAUAUGGCAAAUCGGGUUAAAGGAAUUAAACGAAGCAGACGGCACCAGUUUCCAACCAGAAGAGUGCCUGGUCUUCGAAGAUGGUCUCUCUGGAGUGAAAGCCGGACUGGCUUUCGGUGGUUAUGUCAUUUGGGUUCCCCACCCGGGCGCCUACAAGUACUUAGGUGACACAAAAGGCUUGCUAAAUGGGAACGGGGAAGUUCUGGAAUCGCUGGAAGAUUUGGAAUUGGACAAGUUUGGAUUGUGA